AUGGUUGUAACGCACUGCAAGGCGCUGUUUCUCCAUCAUCCAUGUCGUCUGUGUGUGAGGAGCGGGCACCGGGCAGACCGGGCAGACCGUGCAGAGGAGCGGGCAGAGGAGAGGACAGACCGUGCAGAGGAGAGGACAUGGAGGCUCAUCGGUCUCUCCGCGGACCUCCACAACCAGCGCUGCCGCCUCCUGCACUCCUCUGCCGGCCGCAGCACGGACGUCUGCCUCUUCUAUGUCAAAGGGGACUUUUUCGCCAUGGAUGCCCGCUGUGCGCACUCCGGUGGUCCUCUCUGUGAAGGGGACAUAGAGGAGGCGGAUGGGGUUCUGAAGGUGUUCUGUCCCUGGCACGACUACGACUUUGACCUCCGAACAGGAAGAUCUGGGACAUCCCUACAGCAACAAGUGUAUGAAGUGAAGCUGGAGGAUGGGACGGUGUAUGUGAAGCACGCCAGUCAGCUCUCUCUGCAGCCAUUUCCUGCUGAUCAGCAUUGCUCCAGCUGA